CCGUCGUCGCACUCUCUCUGUCUCUCGCACAGCACACACAUACACUACACUCUUCACCACCCAUCUAAUCCCUCUCCCGAUUCAAUCCGUCUUCCAAGACAGCCCAUCUAUACAGCUUCUCCCAAGCUCCAAGCAUAUUCUCGACUCAUAAACAUGUCCGAACCACUCACCAAGGUCGACUCUGCCGUUGCAGGUCUCUCAACCUCCCCAUCAGAGGGCAAAAAGGCCUCAAAACGUGUCACACAGGACAACGGUGUCAUGAACAUUAACGACCUAGAGAAGGAAGGAAUUGAACUACAAAUUGCACCAGAGACUCAGAAGUUAAACUGGAAACUCAACACGUCACCUGCAAGCCUGGAUGAGAAAGACACUCUCAAGAAGCUCCUCACAACGCCUCCUGUUAAGAAAAUUGACCUUCACUUCCCUCUCGGACUCCAAGUCACUGCCCGAAAUCUAAAAGGUGUUACAAUCAAAGAUGCCUUGGACGCGAUAUACAAGCAAUUUAAGAAGAAGGCAGAUGAUGAGCUUGACAAUCCCAUCCUCGCUGGUUUCGAGUGGGAUAAGGAAGAAUCCUGGACAAGAUUGAUCGUACAUCAGAAGAAGGAAGGCGCUCCGGUAAGCAAAAAGGCAAAGAAGAAGGGCGAAGCCUAGUGAUAUCAUGCUGCGUUUUAGCGAAUCGCACUUGGCAGAUAGACCCGACUCAGUGUAAGUAUGGUUAGAAUCUUUUGGUUCUGCAUCGCCGGCACAGAACGUUAUGAUAGGUAUGGGCGUGGAAGGUUGCAAUGGCAUGUACACGAUGUAUCUGUAUCUACUAUGGACUCAUAUCCAUUCAGCUCAAGGAAUACUGAUGGAUCAGAUGCUCAUCC